AUCUCAUUCGUUCACUGACCGGCGACGUCGUCGCGCGUCUUAUACGUAAAAUGUUGUUUAUGGUUUUGGUGUCACCUUGAUGCAUUUAAUAACAAUAAACUUAAAAUAAUUAAGAAAUCUUUGAAGCAGUGUUAUUAUUACUACUAUAAUUUGUGCAGUGUGUUUUUUAAGGAUCUUCUGGAUUUGGAUUGUUAUAUAUUACAAGCCAUGAAUUCCUCUGCUAGUUGCACGUUAGAGUCACCUUAUCAAAAUGAAUGCUGUGCUUCAAAACUGGAAUCUUUUGACCUGAAUAAGCCCGUAAAUGUAACCGUUAUUAUAGACGAUAUUUUCCAUCCAACUCCUUUCGUACCUCAGGACAUAAAUUUAAACGAAUUGAUGAAUAACGUUAUAGAUGAGACUUACUCUAAUUACCACGAUAAAAACCUGAGCAAAAGUAAAAAUACAAAAGCCAGGGCAAGAAAACGUGCCAGAAGCAUAAGUACAAUGCACCAAAUACCACCUUCCAAGCAAACGCCGAACUUUACGCCCAACGUUUCAGUUAAUCCACACACAAAAAACAAUAACAACGAAAUGACAUCAAUGCAUCAAUUCAUAAAUAUGGAACAUAAUUCAUUGUCUGUAAAUAACUCUUUGAGUAAUUAUGUUCCGAAAACAACGUUGCAUCCGUUAGAUAUAAUUUUAUACGAUAUUUUGCAAAUUAUCAAGUUUUACUUUAAGAAAACUCCAUCUGAUCAGCACCUGCAAUAUUAUGAAAAUUUUAAAAGAAUAAUGUUUAACCAUUCCUAUGAAUAUGUCCUAAAGUAUUUAAUACCAAUUGAACAUAAUGAGAAAGUUUUAUACAACUUUACAAUGAGGAUCACGACAGUCGCUAAAAAUUGCUCUUUACCUAUUGCUUUCAACCAAAGUAGACAUAUUUUAUUUCAAAUGAUGAAAUGGUGUAAGGAAAAAAGUAUGAUAUCACCACCUUCUUAUAACACAAUCCCAACAUUGAUGCCAGAAAACCGUUCUUCUAUAUCUAAUGAAAAUCACAUAAUAUUUAACAACAGAAACAUGAAUUUACCAAACACAUAUCAAGUUGAAUCAACAUUACCUGCACAAGAAGCAAGCUUUCAUGAAAAUUGGGAUCUUAAUAAUUUAUACAACAAUGCUAACAAAGACGGUAAUAAUCCUAGACUCGAGGAAAACUCACAUUUAUUGCAAAUAUUUACUUCAAAAUUACCACAACAUGGAUCAGUGCUUCGAGCAACCUUAAACCAGGAUACAAAUUGUGAACAAAAAGAAUAUUCAAUAGGACAUAAUGUUUUAAAUUCCUCUGGCAAUCCUCCAAUGGCUUCAAUAUUUGAAAGCGACUCGCUUCAGAAAAACAAUUAUGACACCUAUCGACCCGAAAAUGUAGAAUCAGAUAUUAGUCAACAAGCUGAAACAGAUAUAGAGACAAUAUCUAGAGACAGUGGUUUUACAAGUCCAUUAACGUUUAAUUUCUCGGAUGAAUUAGAAUUGAGCAAUAAAGAGCCGCAUACCGAAAUACACCAUGACGAAGUAAUACCAAUUAAUGAAAAUGUGACAUCUCUUAAUAAAAAUUUUAAGUUGAGCUCUUGUAAUGUGUGCAGGAAGAUUACCCACAAAAUGUGUAAAGGCUGUUACAAAAUUUUCUACUGCAGUAUUGAAUGCAUGAAAGCGGAGUGGCAACUUCACAAGUUUUUCUGCUGUCAAUCCCAAAAGGGUUGAUAAUGAUGUAUUGAAAUGAAAAUGGAAAAAUAUGAAGAGCACAAGCAGUAAACAUGAAACAAUUACUCCUACGAGUAUGUAAAUAUUAUGUAAAUAUAUUAUAGUGUUAUUUUGUA